CAGGUUUUUGUGAUUAUUCCGAUGGAAAUACAUUAUUGUGUCAAAUGUUUUUAAUGGGGAAUGUGAGGAUACAUCGGCAGGAAUGUCACUUUACUAGGAUAAAAAAAAACUGAAACGUAAUUAUACCAUUUUCUCAGUAGAUUUGUGCACGGAGUUUUUCGCCUGUAUUGAUGUAUGCUUGACGGAGAAGAGUAUCGCAUAUGCCUGAAGAUUACUCUUCAAUUUGGAAACACAUUUUGUUCCGAUAAGGGCAUAUCAGUCUGUGAUGAGACUGUCAAAAGUAAAAUAUAGGUAGGAAUAGAUUGGAUUGUCGUCAUUCUGUGCUAGUACAAGUUUAAUAUACGGAUUUGGACUACUUUUUGAAACCAUAAAGCGAAUAUUUAAUUGUCUUAUACCUUCUUGAAAAACACGUGUAUCAUGUAUUGAUAUUUAUUUUGUAAGGCGUAAGUAAGCUUUCUUUUGUAAAAACGAUACGGCCACAAUCAUUUCAAAAUUUAUCAUUAUCAAAUACACAAAAAAUGGAAUUAAAGUUUCAUUCUAGAGUUCAGUGAUUUAAAGAAAUGUGUACAUAACGAGUCAGUAUUAGUACUUUGUAGAAAAAGCAAGUACUUUGCAAAGGGGGCUAUAUUUAUAUCACAUAGAAAUUUUAAUAGUUGUGUAGGUGAUGGUGACAAGAACGAGAAAAUCAGUGCGCAAGUUUGGAUAUACGCCAGGGGAAAUUUUUGAAAGACUUUUCAAUGAAAGUGGUCUUUUGAAUGAUUAUGUAAAUGACUGGUGUACUGGUCAAUGCAUAAUAGGGCAUAUAGAUGGAUGGAAAAAUAAUCUUACGACUAGUACCCACAAGCAGUUAGGACAUUUGUUUGGAAUUUGUACCGCUCCGGAAGUACAAGAAAGCACGUAUAUACCAUGGACUGUUGCGACCGGAAGAGGCUGCUUAUGGUCAUGACUAGCGCGUGUGCCUGUGCGGCCUUUGGCCUUCUUUGCAUUGCAGUAGCUACUGACUAUUGGCUAUAUACAAAAGAAAAACUGGAAGAAGGUGUAAAUGGCACAAUGUAUAAUCGAUAUUGGUCUGGACUGUUCAGAAAAUGCAAAGUUGAAGCACGAGAUUCAAGCAAAAGAAAUUGUACAUAUAUCAAAUAUUUUACUGUCAACGAUGACCGAGAUGGUAUACCACAAACUGAUGCCAUUCUAUUAACAAUGAGACGGUCUACAUGGUUUCCAUUAUCUAGUUUAGUCAUUCUUUUAAUCGCCGGAACUAUUUGUUUUGUUGGACAUUGUGAGUCUGGGAAGAAAAAUUUAACAUUUGUGAGUGGUAUACUUUUCGUUUUGGCAGGUUUAUGUACCCUGGUUGGAAUAAUUCUCUACAUCGGCAGUAUAACAGAAGAAGUGGGGAACAAACCCAAGGUCUCACUAGAGGAUUUGCAAUUUACGUACACUUACGGGUCGUCGUUCAUGAUGGCCGUAGGUUCAUUCGCAUUGACCGAAAUGUCCGGUGUGUUUUCUGUUUACCUGUAUAUAACACGUUAUAAAAAUGCACAGAAAAAGAAACGACAAGAGGCAUUAAAGUCAGAGACAAACGACAGAAAUCAGCAUUGGCGUCAUAAAAGAUCGCGCCCACAGUCACGUGAUAGAUCUCAGUCCCGCGAGAGAUCGCGAGAUACUUCAUUAAGUAGGUCAGAAAGCUAUUACACUUACACACCUAUAUCUGAGACAACGUGUGCGUCUCAUGAACUGUCAAACUAUUCAUUUCCAAACGACAGUUCUAGAAAUACGCUUUCAACUACAACAAUUGCGGAGACUCACGUACCUAGAGAAAAUCUUUAUGGAGCGUCUAAUAUAGACUACCUUAGAAAAACUACACCGGUAUAAUAAAGGUGUUAGAAUAUGUAGUUAGGAAUAUCAAAUUAACAAUAAGAAAACCUUUCUUGAAUCUAUUCUUGUGCAAGGAUUCAAUAAAUAUUUUCAAAGCAAAA